UGCGGAAUGCAGCAGGACGGCGGUGAUAGCCGCCUGUCUUUCCGUGGUCUCCAGAAUCGCUCCCACGAGAAGAUGAAGCUGCGAAAGAGAAAAUCUACCUUGUACCUCAGCGCUCAGGAGGAGAGCGCCAGGCGCCGCAGGGGUGAAUAUCGGGGUGCCGACAACUGAGCCCUCCCGCGCUGGCCGGAAGCUGCGGAAUUUGAGCUAGGAUUCCCUCUGCUGGGCUGAGUUGCCAAAAAAUCGCAGUUAGUCGUGACAGGCUUGUCGAUCCCUGCCGCUUGCAAGGCGCUUUACUCUACAUUAUUUAAUGCUCUCCUUCCAGCGGCCGUGUGGAGCAGGCAUGAAGUAGUCAUCCCCAUUUUCGAAAUGGGACGCCGAAACCCGGAGUCACUCCGAGUUACGUAGCCACGGAGAGGGAGUCCUGGAGUGAAGGCCGCCACUGCCUUCUCUUUGGUCCUGAUAUGUUGUUGACAGGAGGAAAAUCAUCCCAGGAAGUGGGAUUUUGAUCUGUCGAGGGGCAUUUAAUAUAAAGAUGGACUCAUUCAUUCAAUCUUCUUGGUGAAAAUAUUUAUCUGGUCUUGUUUACCAUGGCUUUACGAAUAUUUAACUGCUUUUUAGUCCAGACAAGUUUUGUUCCAGAUGAAUACUGGCAGUCCCUUGAAGUUGCACAUCACAUGGUUUUCCAUUAUGGUUAUUUGACCUGGGAAUGGACAGAAAGAUUGAGGGGUUACACUUACCCCUUAAUCUUUGCAAGUAUUUACAAGGUCCUACAUCUCUUGGGGAAAGACAGUGUGUGGUUGCUGAUUUGGGUUCCUCGACUCAUCCAAGCACUUCUAUUUGCUAUAGCAGAUAUGAGGCUUUACUCAUUAAUGAAGCAACUAGAAAAUCAGGAAAUGGCAAGAUGGGUGUUUUUUUGCCAGUUGUGCUCUUGGUUCACAUGGUAUUGCUGUACCAGAACUCUUACAAACACCAUGGAAACUGUUCUCACUAUCAUUGCUCUUUUCUACUAUCCUUUGGAAGGUUCAAAGUCUACGAACAGCAUCAAGUACUCAUCCCUGGUAGCACUUGCCUUUAUAAUUCGUCCCACGGCUAUCAUUCCAUGGAUACCUUUGCUCUUCAAACAUUUCUGGCAAGAACAGAGAAAGCUUGAUCUUAUUCUUCAUAAUUUUUUACCCGUAGGAUUUAUCAUCUUGGGUUUGUCUCUGAUAAUUGAUCGUAUUUUUUUUGGUCAGUGGACUUUAGUUCAAUUUAACUUUUUGAAAUUUAACGUGCUGCAGAAUUUGGGAACAUUUUAUGGUUCUCAUCCAUGGCAUUGGUACUUCAGUCAAGGAUUUCCAGUUAUCUUGGGUACUCACUUACCCUUCUUUAUUCAUGGCUGCUUUCUGUCCCCAAAGAGGAAUUGGAUACUUUUGGUGACUGUGCUGUGGACACUGCUAAUUUAUAGCAUGUUGAGCCAUAAAGAAUUCAGGUUUAUCUAUCCAGUUUUGCCAUUUUGUAUGGUAUUCUGUGGAUACUCACUAAACCACCUGAAAAUUUGGAAGAAACCAGCUAUAAGUUUCUUGUUUUUAUCAAAUAUAAUGCUUGCCUUCUACACUGGAUUAGUCCAUCAACGAGGUACUCUUGAUGUCAUGAGUCACAUUCAAGAACUCUGUUACAAUGGUCCUAGUAACUCUUCAGUAUUUGUAAUGAUGCCUUGCCACUCUACUCCUUAUUACAGCCAUGUUCACUGCCCACUUCCAAUGAGAUUUCUCCAAUGUCCCCCAGACCUGACUGGAAAAAGUGAUUAUCUGGAUGAAGCAGAAAUUUUUUAUCUAAAUCCCUUAAACUGGUUAUAUAAUGAGUUUCAAAGAGAUGCGUUAUUGCCUACUCACUUGAUCAUCUUCAGCGUUUUGGAGAAGGAAAUAAGUGCUUUCCUGAUUUCAAAAAACUAUGAGAGAACAGCUGUUAUCUUCCACACUCACUUGCCAGAGGGUCGAACUGGGAAUCACAUACACAUCUAUGAGCGGAAAUUUAAAAGGAUACUCAACAGAAGAUGAAAUUCUGAACUGUGUUUAGCUCUUUCCAAGGCAAACUGACAUUGCUUGGUAUAAACAAGUAAUGCUUAGAUACUUAAACUCUGGAUAAGACAAAACAAACAAAAAACCCCCUAUGAACUGCUUUACCUAAUAGGACUACCAAGGAAAUGCACAAAAUUUCACAAAGUAUAAAAUCACAUAUUAAUACAAUGCCAGAUUUUUAAAUAAAGACCUUUCGUUUUCUUCA